AUGAUAGCAAAUUAUGGUAAUGCCAGAAUGGUAUAUAAUCAUUUUUUAUUUCAGUCUGAUAUUACAAAAAAUCAAUUUCUUGAACUUAUAUUGUUGGCAUUAGAAAAAUAUAGGAAAAUUCGAGAUUUGGACUGCUCGAAAAAAACAAAUUAUUGCUUAUUCAGAUUUUUGCUCAUGAUAGUAAGCAUUGGUAAAUGCAAAUGGCUUCAUAUUUACUGCCAUAUUAAUAAAAUCUAA